AUGCGCCUCCCCUACGUCCCGAACCCCCCGCCCACAACGACCCCCGAGGACGCCGCCAUCGUCUCUCGGAUCCAGGCCCGCCGCGCCCCGCGGCCCCUCCAGGCCCUCGACCUGACCCUCCUGCACGCGCCCCCCGUCGCCGACGGCUGGAACUCCUUCCUGGGCGCCGUGCGCACGCAGACGACCAUCGGCGCCGACCUGCGCGAGCUGGCCAUCUCGCGCGUCGCCGUCGUCAACAAGGCCUGGUACGAGUGGGGCCACCACGCGCCCCUCGCCGUCGCCGCCGGCGUGUCUGCCGAGGCCAUGGACGCCAUCAAGACGGAGGCGCCGCUGGAGCUGGGCGCCAGGCCCGAGGUGCUGAGCGAGCAGCAGUGGACCGUCCUUGUGUACUCGGACGAGAUGACGAGGAACGUGAGGGUGAAGGACGAGACCUUUGACAAGUUGAAGGGGCUGUUCAACGAGAGGGAGGUUGUCGAGAUUACCACGACGGUUGCUUGCUACAACUGUGUGAGCCGGUUCUUGGUGGCUCUCGAUGUUGGGGAGAGGAACAGCACUGGUCCUGAUGACAUGAAGCUUCCUGCUCACUGA